AUGAUUGUUGUGCUCAUGAAGGACGCGAAGGCUCUGGGCAUUAUACAAAACGCAGUUUCUGACCAGAUCUUUCCGCAGAUUGCCAACGCUGACUCAGUUAAAAUGGCAUGGGAUCUGCUCUAUAGUGAGUACCACGGUGGUGAUCAGGAGGUUAUUGCAAUACUGAAGAGCCAAGAGCAACGUUUUGACAUGCAUUGUGUGGACAUAGCUGAGAAGGCAUUUAGCUCUUUCUCAGUCAAUACAAAAGGGCAGAACAAGAAUAGUACACAAAUUGGUUCUGCUAAGUCUAAGAACAAUUGGAAGCCUAACAACAAACCAUGGGAGUCUAGACCUAAGCCACAACAAGUUGGAGCUGCACAGAGCUCAAAUGGAUCACAAUAUGUGCAUCAAGAUGGAGUGAAGCCUCAAUGCAAAGUAUGCUCUAAAUUUCAUUUUAGAGAAUGUCGAUAUAAGGGUCAAUCUAAGUGCUAUAAGUGUGAUAGAUUUGGACAUUGGGCUAGGGACUGUACUGCAAACAAAGGAGUGCAGAAAGCAAAUAAUGCAAGCCAAGUAGAAGUAAGAGGAAAUUUGUUUUAUGCAAACUGUGCAAUUUCAGAGAAGAGUGCAAAUGGAGAGUGGUAUGUAGGCAGUGGUUGCAUUAACCAUAUGACUGGGAACAAGGAGCUGUUAAUUGACAUAAAUACUAGUGUAACAGGAAAGGUGCAAAUGCCAUCCGGGGAGAUUGUAGGUAUAGCUGGUAUAGGUACCUUAGUACUUGACACAAACUCUGGUACAAAGUAUAUCAGAGAAGUCAUGUAUUUGCCUGGUUUGAAAGAAAAUCUGUUGAGUGUGGGCCAAAUGGAUGAACAUAUCAUUUGGUGUUUGGAAGCAACAUGUGCAGUAUCUAUGAUGGUUCUUCACUGGAGAAUCUCAUCAUGA